AUGGAUAAACAACAACUAAUCAAAGCUUUGAAUGGUACUAUUAACAAUAAUGAACAGGUAAGGAAACAAAGUGAACAACAAUUGAAAUUAUAUGAACAACAAGCUGGUUUUACAAACUAUUUAUUAGAUGUAAUUAAUGAUGAUGGUUUAUUACCGGGUGCUAUAUUCUUUAAAAAUAGAAUAAAUAAUUAUUGGGUAGUACCUGAGAAUAAUAAACAACUGGUGGACUUGUUUAUAAAAGAUAGCGAAAAGGAAUUGAUUAAGGAAAACUUGAUAUCAACAUUGAUCAAAGUUUACAAAAAUACACCAUUGAAGAUCCAACUUUCAAUAUCAUUAAACAACAUUUUAAGUUUUGAAAAAUGGAAUGAAAUGGUUCCAUUAAUAAAGAAUUUACUUAAGCAAGACGAAGAUCAUGUUUAUGUUGGCUUAAUUUGUUUAUUUGAAUAUUGUAAAAAUUAUAGAUAUGAUGGAGAAUCAACAAAUCCAGUAUUUGAAGAAGUUACAGUUGAAAUAUUUCCAAUACUAGAAGAACUUACAAAGAAUUUAAUAAAUCAUGACAGAGAUGAUAUGUUAUAUUUGAUCAUUAAAACUUUUAAAUUUGUUACAUUUUUUUACGUACCAGCUUAUUUUCAAAAUAAGUUAGGUUCUUGGUGUCAAUUACAUAUUGAAAUUAUAAAUAAAUUAUCAAAUAGAGAAUCUAAAACUAUUAAAUGGUGUUUUGGUAAUUUAAAUAGAUUAUUAACUAAAAAUGGUGGUUUUCAAACUAAAAAAUCUCAAUUUGUCGAAAUGUUUUUGCUGUUUAUUCCUGAAAUUUUGAAGUCUUAUUGGGAAUUUAUUGAAAAAUGGUCGAGUGAUAAAUCUUGGUUAAAUGAAAAUGCAUUAUUUCAUUUAAUUUCAUUUAUUGAACAAGUUGUUGAAACUCCAUAUUGGAGUUUAAUUGAAGAGAAAUUAAAUGCUAUUAUAAAUCAUGUUAUAUUUCCAACUUUACAAGCUACUCAAGAUACAAUAGAAUUAUAUGAAGAUGAUCCAAAUGAAUAUUUUAGAAGAUUUUUUGAUAUUAAUAGAGAACAAAAUACAAGUGAUGUUGCAAGUAUAAAUUUUAUUUAUAGAUUAGGUGAGAAACAACCACAAUCAAUUAAUUUAAUUAUUGAAAUUGUAAAUGAAAAAUUUAAUGCUAAUGAUUUAAAAGAAAUUGAAGCAUGUUUUAGAAUUUUAUCAACUUUAUCAUUUAAAUUAGAACAAUCAAAUUUACCAAUUGAUCAAAUGUUGUUCAAUUAUGUUUAUCCAAAAUUAAAAAGUGAGCCUUGGUUAAUUGCAAGAGCUUGUGAUACAAUUGCAAUGUUUAAUCAUAAUUAUAGUGAUAUUAAUAUUUUACAACAAAUUUUUCAAAGAAUUACUGAAUGUUUUCAAUCUGAUUCUAUACCAAUACAAUUAACAGCUGCUGAUGCAUUAGCUACAUUAAUUAAUGAAGAUGUAAUAUGUGAACAAAUUCAAGAUCAAUCUCCACAAAUUAUGAAUAAUUUAUUAGAAAAGUCAAAACAUUUUGAAAGUGAAAUAUUAACAAAUAUAAUGGAUAAAUUUGUUGAAAAAUUUGCAAAGAACCUUCAACCUUAUGCUAUUGAGUUAGCUACAAAAUUAAUAGAAAAUUUCUUAAAUAUAGCAAAUGAUUUAUUAGAUUCACAUAAUGAAGAAAAAGAAUAUCAAGCAGCUGGAAUUUUAAAUACUUUAGUAACUUUAAUUAUAUCAAUGUCUAAUGUACCUCAAGUCGUAUUACAAUUGGAAAAUGUUUUGGAAAAUUUAAUCAAAUUUAUUAUAGAUAAUGCAAUGAUUCAAUUUAUAACUGAAUGUAUUGAAAUUUUAGAAAAUUUAAUUAUAACUGAUGUAUCACCAACUGUAUGGAAUUUAUAUGAUUAUAUUCUUGAUUCAUUUGAUAUUUAUGCUUAUGAAUAUUUCGAUCAAUUUCAACCAUUUUUUGAAGUAAUUAUAAAUAAAGGUUUUAAAAAUUUAACAAUUGAUAAUAAUCAUGUACAAAAAUUGAUAUCUAUAAAUUUUAAUGUAUUGAAGUCUGAUAAUGUUGAUCCUGUAUUUGCACAUUUAGCUUUUGAAAAUAUUGAAUUGAUUUUAUUAUCAAUUAAAUCUGAUCAAUUAUUAGCACCUUUAUUAGGUGAAAUAUUUGAAAUAUUUAAGUCAUUUGAGACUGAAGAUUUAUUUGAUGGUUAUAUGUUACAUUAUUUAUCAAUAUUGAGGAUAUUCUUUGCAUCAUUUUAUAUAAAUUCAAAUUUAACUAUUGAGUUUUUGAAAUCGCAAAAUUUUAUACAAGAGUUUUUUAAAUUAUGGAUUAAAUAUUCAAAUGAUUUCCAGUCUGUUUAUGGUUGUAAAUUACAGAUUCUUGCUUCAAUGUCAAUUUUAUCAUCAAAUUUGGAAUUACAAGAUUUAAUACAUGAAUUGGUGGAUAUUUUAUUAAAUAAUUUAUCUACAUUACCAAUUGCAAUAAAGAAAAGAGCACAAAUAUUACAAAAUGAAUUGACAUAUGAAGUUGAAUAUGAUGAUGACGCUGAAUUAGAAGCACUAAAGGAAACACCCAUCGAUACAUUGAACGUAAUUGAUUAUAUUGUUUCUAAUUUACAAUCUAUGGAACAAACAAAGUAUCAGUCAUUAUUUAAUGAUCUAGAUGAUUAUAAGAAGGAAUUGAUUACUGAUUUGAUAAAUAAAUAG